AUGCAGAAAGGGGAAAAGAAAGCAUCUUCGGGGACCGACCGCAGAAAGUAAAAAGUGGUGUUGAUGAGAUGGAUUAUUUCGGAGAAUUUUAGACGUAUUUUAAGUAUUUUAAAGCUAGGAAUUGUGAAUUUUAAUGCGCCAGCCCAUUCCGCGCGGCCAUGGAGAGAAGGAUCAAGCUAAAAACCCUCAACAAACACAUUACUUGCGAAAUUUGCAAAGGCUACUUCAUCGAUGCAACAACUGUCACUGAAUGUCUUCAUACGUUUUGUAAAAGCUGCCUGGUGAAACACUUGGAGGAGAAUAACACCUGUCCAACCUGCCAAAAUGUCAUCCAUCAGUCCCAUCCUCUGCAGUACAUCAGCUUUGACCGCACAAUGCAGGAUAUUGUUUACAAGCUGGUGCCGAAUCUGAUGGAAGAUGAGAUGCGGAGAGAGCGCGAAUUCUACAAAUCACGCAACCUGCCGUGCCCGAAGGAUAUGCCCCAGCAGCAGCAGGACAGCGACGACAAGGCAAACGAACAGGCACACCAGGAGGCGGACUACCACCGCCAGGACGAGCAGGUUAACGUGUGCCUUGACUGUAUUAGCAAUAAUCUGCGGCACCUCAAGCGGCGCUUCAUUCGCUGCAGCUCGCAGGCGACCAUCACCCAUUUGAAGAAAUUCUUAGCUAAGAAGGUGCUCAACGGUAUCGAAAGAUACAAAGAUAUCGAUAUAUUGUGCAAUGAUGAACUGCUGGGCAAAGAUCAUACGCUGAAAUUCGUCUACGUCACGAGGUGGCGCUUCAAAGACCCACCAUUAAGACUACAGUAUCGACCGCGAGUGGAUAUAUAAAUUUAUUAUUUCUGUAAUUCAUUUAUGAAAGUUAAACCAAUUUUACGCUAGUAGAAGGUAGUCUAAGUAAUCAUCCUCCAAUCCUUAUCAUUUUCAUGGAAAUAAUAAGAGGGAUGCAACCAUUGGGAUGUCCAUAGAUGUUGGAUUUUUUUUAUGCGCUCUCUCCAAUCUGUGAGCGAAUAGGAGGGGCGAUUUCUUACAAAGAUAAUCAUUCUUGAACACGGGUUGCAUCAAUCGACUAAUGAAAUCGGUUUUAUUCAAAAUGAAACAGUAGAUCUUCAGAGAGUGUUUUAUAAUCAAUAAGCAGAGAAAGAGAUUGACAAUUAUGAUGUAUAACGUAGAAUAAAGAACGAAGGAUACUUAUUA